CACGCUUCCCGUCUCCUGCCUCACAUCGUCACAACCAAACUGGCGCUUUCCCGCCAAUAUUAGCAGCACACUGUCAUCUGUCACCUGUCGAUUAUGCGGAUCUAGUGGCGAGAUAGGAAGACUCCACCUGCGUUUCCGGGACGCUGAAGCUUAGCUUAAACUCCAAAAGAAAGUCACCAUGGCAUCCCUUCACGACUCCAAGUUAGCAGCCUUUCCAGACAUCAAGGCUCAGUCCGAUGAUACUCGUCCCAGCCAUGUCAGCUCCGCCCCGAAGAAGCACAUCGUUAAAGGUGGACAUGGUUUUGCUUUCGAGGUCGAGAAAGGCGAACACUUCCGCGUCGUGGACGGCUACGGCGAGCAGGUUACGGACCUUGUGGCCUGGGUAAAGGGUACGAACUUCGUUGAGAAACUCUCCAUGGCAUAUACGAGAUGCCGCCUAAUCGGCGUCCCGCCCGAAAAGGGCGAGUACCUCUGGACCAACAAAGACGAGCCUAUCUUCCAGGUCGUAGACGAUACGGUCAGGGUACACGAUAUGACAUUCCCGUCUUGCUUCCCUGAACUGUACGAGAAAGCAGGCCGCCCUAACCAUCGGAGCUGCGCCGGCAAUAUUGCAGAGGUGAUGAAGCCGUAUGGCAUGGGCAGUUAUCUGGAGGUACCCGAGCCGUUCAACAUCUUUAUGAACACGCCGAAUUACACUCUGAAGCGUCUGAAUCCUAGCAAGCCUGGAGACUAUAUCGAGUUCAAGGCGGAGAAGGACGCGAUAAUUGCAGUGAGCAGUUGUCCGUACGAUAUGCAUGGUAUCAACGGACGCGAGCCCACCGACAUUACUAUCUUCACCAGCAUGCAGCCGAUGGACGAGACCGUCUCAUCACACGACUUGUGAGUCCGGAAGCAGGGAUGAUACUAGCACCUGAAACCCACCAAACGGACAACAGGGACAACUAUUCUUGAAGCUGAAAGCUGUAGAUAGGUAUGAAGCUGCUAGCAUCUGGGUAGAUAUGAACGAAGUUUCAGGUCUG